AUGAACUCAUUUCUAUCAUCAAAACAAAUCACUCAGUUUAAAUAUCGUAUCUAUAAUGCUGCAUUUCAUCUACGUUUAAUUGUCUCAAUUGGGAUGAAACUGCUACCGUUACUUCCGACAUUUUUCCGAUCACCUCCACAAAUACCCGGUCGAUUUUACGAAACAUUGACCUUACGAAAUCAAAUUUUCACAAAAACGAAAUGCUUAGAAUUGUAUAGUAUUCCACAAACACUUUUUCUAUCAUCGGAUUCCGAUCCUUACAAGAAAUAUCUUGGAGCCUUUAUUGAUGAAUCAUCCACUCCCAAUGUUAAAAAUGAUCUGGCUAGAUGGAUUGAAUCCAAACCGACACAUUCGAUUAUUUAUGUAGCUUUCGGUAGUAUUGCACGAAUUCAAAUCGAUCGAAUGAAAAGUUUAAUUGAAGGUCUACUGGAAUUUCUUCUAAAAACUCCUACUGCUUCAAUCUUAUUCGCAUUUCGUCAAUACAAUUAUGAUAAUUACCAAAAGGUGACGAACGAAAUAGAGACAAGAGAAUAUCAACGUAUUUUGUUGGAUGAACAACGUUGUAGAGUUGAAAAUCAUUUUGUUCCACAAAAAUGGUUAUUACAACAGAAUUCAGUCAGUCUAUUCAUAAGUCAUUGUGGUAUGGGUUCCGUUGGUGAAAGUCUUUACUUUCAGAAGCCAAUACUAUGUUUGCCAUUGUGCAAAGAUCAAUUUGUAAAUGCCAUGGCCAUUGAUCAUUCAGGCGUUGGACAAUCUCUAUUUGUUUCUCCAUUUCUAUGGCAAUCAUUGAUCCGACCUGAUGGUUUCCAUUAUUAUACAUUCUCAGCAGAUGAUGUCACAAGGAAAUUAUUUGUCAUGUGGAAGAACACUACAUAUGAGAGAGCAGUCCAAAUGAUAUCUCUUGAAAUGAAACAUGCUGGUGGCGUAAAGAGAGCUGUACACGAAAUUGAAUUCUUUGUCAAUGCUAAAGAAUAUUUUCGUCCUAAAACACCUCAAUCCAUUCCACGACAAAUGAAAGAAAAAAUUACAAAGGCAGCUGGUGAACUCAUUUCCGGUGUUGGAUUUAUUAAUUUUUCACUAACUGCAAUUGAUGUUGGGCAAAAUUUAUCAAAUAAAAAAAAUGCUAAUAUUGUAAAUUUACUUCCACAUCCAACAACUGUAAGUAAAAACUGUUAA